AUGUCUUGGGACCUGCUGCAGCGGUUUUUCGACAGCGACGUCUUCAACUCGAAUCCAUUCCUUUCGGUCUCGUACCUCUCGCGGUAUGCGGACCAUAUCGGGAUACACUAUGUCCUCUGCAAUAAGCUUAAGCAGUUCCCCUACGAGGAUAUUGAAUUCUUCCUGCCGCAGUUAUGUCAUUUGAUUAUAAGCGUGGACAACGAGUCCAUGGCUCUGGAAGAGUUCCUGCUCGACCUAUGUGAGGAGUCAGUUACGGCAGCGUUGUUGACCUUUUGGCUAUUCCAAACCUACCUACACGACCUCUCGUCAAAUCCGCAGGCCGAAGCGUUCCAAACAUGUAGGAGAGUUUACAACAAGGUUCAGCACAUAGUCUUUGGGCUUUCCAACUCGUCGAGAAAUGAGAAGAUCAAAGAGAACCCAUUGCCCGUCAUGGUUCUGGGUAGCUUCAUCAUAGCCGCCAUAGGCGUGCCCGGCCUUGCGACUUGGGCUGGGCCGCUGGCUAUUGCUCAGGGCCGGAAGCCGGUGCCGGCGGAUCCCGUCUCGGACCCUGUGACGACUCUGCAAAGCCCGACCGAACAGCUUAAAAUCAGCCGCGCGCAUACGAUCAACGCGACAAUGUCGAGGUCGAAACGGUCCAAAGACCCAGGGCGUAUCACUAGCGCCCCUGAUCCAAAGACUAUGACUACAACUGCGACUGGGAACUCGGGGACCGCCGCCCCCCUUAAGUCUCCAAGGCCACCUAAAUCGCCACGACCAACUUCCUCAUCUGGGUCGCGCACCCCUGUCAAUGAACCAAAGCGACCAUCGCAGCUGGACAUGCUGUCCGUUGAGGCUCGUCUCAGCUCGUCAUCGCUGCCGCUACCAGAAAUGCGAUCACCGCGGAUGCAGGUCACGCGCCCCACGUCCCCUGUCUCUGCUGGGCUCAGGCCUUCUGACCCUAUGACUCGGAGGCACUCGCACCACGCCAAGGUCAUAAUCAGCCAGGACGAAAUGGACUCGGCACAGAAGACCAGGCUUCUGAGACAGAACUACUUUAGGUGCCAGACAGCCUUUCUCACGGCUCUCGAGGACAUUUCCAACCGACUGGUAAUCGUGCCCAAGCAGGCCCGUCUCAGCGCCCUGCGGGCGGAACUGGCGCUUAUCACACAGGACCUGCCGGCCGAAGUGGAUAUACCAGUGAUUUGCCCACCCUCUAUGCCCAAUGGCUCGCCUGGAAAGAGCAAACACCACCGCAUUGUAAGGCUCAACCCGGCCGAAUCAACAGUGCUGAACAGCGCAGAGAAGGUGCCGUACCUUUUGAUGGUUGAGAUCCUGCGAGACGACUUCAGCUUCGAUCCGGACUCGGCGGACAAUCAGAGGCUGCUAUCGACGCUGCUGGCAGAGCAGGGAUCGCGCAAGAGGAUUUUUGACCUGACGGAAUCGAAAUCGCCAAGGAUUCCUCUGACUAGGAGUCCUGGCAACCCAGAGCCGGCCGUUACCGACAGCGUCUUUGAGCCCACAGCUGGCGACAUUGGCGGCUCUGGAGUCCUGGGGACUUUUAACGAUUCGUCGGGCAGCGGCGACAAGACGCCGUCGAUAGUGGUGCCAGAAAGCAGCAGCAUGCAGGGGCUGAACAGCAGUGCGACGUCCAUCUCGACGCUGUCGGAGCCUACCGCGCGGAGCUCGGCCACCUCGAUAUCGCGGUCCAGCAGUCCCGGACCGCGCAGGAAGCCGGUGAUACCAAUCAGUACACGCGCUGUCAAUCCUGGUCCUCCGACACCCGCGGUAGAGCAGCCGGACUUUUCGGCUUUGGCGACGCACAUGCGCGCUGCAUCGCAGAUGCUUGCACAGCUUGAGGCUACCAGUGGUAAGCGGCCAAAGCAAGAGGUGGCUGCCAUCCGAGCAAAGAUCAUUGCCAGCAUGCAGAGCUUGGAGGAGCAGAGCUUUGAUCUGGAUGAUGGGAAUGGUCCCACGUUUGAUCUAAUAAUAGCAAAGGCAGACGCUGCUAAUGCGGCAGCGGAAGCUGCGGCAGCAGCUGCGACAAAUGGAAAUGCAGAGGCGGGCGAGGACGGCGACGUAGAUACGCCCAUCGACCCGCCAGCGGACACGGCCAACGCUGGAGCUGCGCGCAUGGAGAACGACUUCAAAACAGGCGGACUUCAGCGCAAGGGAGAUCGAGACGAUCCGAGUGCGGCUGUGUUCGGAGAGGCCUGGCACGUCAAGAAGGAGCGUAUCCGGAGGUCCUCUCCGUAUGGCUGGAUGAAGAACUGGGACCUCGUCAGCGUCAUCGUCAAGACUGGUGCCGACCUGCGGCAGGAAGCAUUCGCGUGCCAGCUCAUCAACGUCUGCCACCGCAUCUGGGUCAACGCGGGCGUGCCUGUCUGGGUCAAGCUGAUGCGCAUCCUGGUGACUGGCGAGUCUUCGGGCCUGAUCGAGACCAUCACCAACGGAGUAUCGCUGCAUUCGAUCAAGCGCAGUUUGACACUGUCGACGAUCGAGUCUGGGCAGAACCCCCGGCGGCGGAUCGCGACGCUCAAGGACCACUUUGUCAAGGUGUUUGGCCCUGUCGACAGCGAGCCCCAUAAGGCUGGCGUCGACGCUUUCAAGCGGUCCUUGGCGGCGUAUAGCAUGAUCUCGUACAUCUUACAGCUCAAGGAUCGCCACAACGGCAACGUACUGGUGGAUAAUGAGGGGCACAUAAUACACAUCGACUUUGGGUUCAUGCUGUCCAACUCUCCGGGCGCCGUCGGGUUCGAGGCGGCGCCGUUCAAGUUCACGCACGAAUAUCUCGAGGUCCUCGGUGGUAUCGGGUCACCUGAGUUCGAGGAUUUUAAGAAGCUGUGCAAACAGGCUUUCCAAGCACUUCGCCGAGAAGCUGACAAUAUCAUCGACCUCGUGAGCAUGAUGGGACGCGAGUCCAAGAUGCCUUGCUUUGGGGCUGGCAUAACGCAGACUUCCAUAAACCUGAGACAGCGAUUCCAACUGCAACUGAGCGCCGAUGAGGCAGAGCAGUUUGUCGAUGACUUGAUCGGCAAGUCCCUUGGGAGCUAUUACACACGACUCUACGAUACCUUCCAGUAUAGAACGCAGGGAAUCUACUAGAUGUGGGUGGGAACGGAGAAACGAUUUGAUUUUGGUUUAUCUCUUUUUGUUUCUUUAUUUUUUUUGGCUAUACCAUCAUGAUGCCGUGCGGCGCGGCGAGGCGUGAUAUUGUGAAAGCCUUUUUUUUUCAAACCUACUUAUAUGUUUCUGUGUUUUCAUUGGUCUUUACGACGGUGUUGAAAGCAUCUGGGCGGCGUUGGGCGAAUUGCCGGGAUAGAGACCUUGAACAUGUCAAUAUCAAGGCCAGUUGGCUAUGGUUGUCUAAAGCCCGUAAGCUUGUUUGGGAUUUUUCUUAUUGUCCAUCAGCGUGUCCUUUGGGUUCAGAACUGACUACCAAGCCGUCCUCCAUUCUUCAAUCUUGC